UUCUAUGAUCCUGACACACAGUAUGGAACUUGGUCCUAACUUCUAGAAGAUAUGUUACUGAGCUUAUGUUAUUCCUUUGAUCCAGGCAGAGACCUUCAAAUCCAAAGAAGAUGUCAAGACGCAGCAGCCGUUUGCAAGCCAAGCAGCAGCAACCACUGUUAUGUCAAGAAGAGUCUCCACAAGAACUGCAGGCAUCAGAACAUCUCCAGACAAGAAAAAAGAGAACAGCAGAGGAGAUUAAGAAGAGAGAAGAUGGGAAAAUGGCUAAAAAGCAUCAAUAUGAGAUUAAGAGUUGCUGGCCGCCCACGAUAACAGGAGGUAUCUCACCUUGCAUAAUUAUUGAAACACCUCACAAAGAAUCAGUAACCACUGACUUCUCAAGAUUCAAAAAAUACAGGUUCAGAAACCUCUUCAUAAAUCCAUCACCUUUGCCAGAACUCAACUGGGGAAAUUCCAAAGAUGUCUGGCUCAACAUCCUGAAGAAGGAGAACAGAUACACUCACUGCAAACAUUUCACAUCGCUGCAUCCUAGUUUGCAACCUCACAUGAGAUCAAUACUCUUAGACUGGCUCUUAGAGGUAUGUGAGGUGUAUGCACUCCACAGGGAAACCUUUUACCUAGCUCAAGAUUUUUUUGAUAGAUUCAUGUUGACACAAAAGAACGUUAACAAGAGCAUGCUUCAGCUCAUAGGAAUUACCUCAUUAUUCAUUGCCUCCAAACUUGAGGAAAUCUACGCUCCUAAAAUACAGGAAUUUGCCUACGUCACUGAUGGUGCUUGCAGUGAAGAUGAUAUAGUAAGAAUGGAACUUAUUAUGUUAAAGGCUUUAAAAUGGGAACUGUGUCCAGUGACAAUCGUCUCUUGGCUGAACCUCUAUCUUCAAGUGGAUGCUCUGAAGGAUGUUCCGAAAGUGCUGCUACCUCAGUAUUCUCAGGAAAAAUUCAUUCAGAUAGCACAGCUCUUAGACCUGUGCAUUCUGGAUGUGAAUUCCUUGGACUUCCAGUACAGAACACUAGCUGCUGCAGCGCUCUGCCACUAUACCUCAAUUGAAGUAGUUAAGAAAGCUUCUGGCUUAGAUUGGGACAGCAUUUCAGAGUGUGUAGAAUGGAUGGUUCCCUUUGUGAAUGUGGCCAAAAAAGUCUCGGUGAAGCUGAAGAACUUUAAGAAGGUUGCUGUAGAAGAUCGACACAAUAUCCAAACACACACCAAUUACUUGGACAUGCUGGAAGAAGUUAACAGUGGAGUAGCAUCUACUGGCCCAGGUCAGUUAUCACCUGUGUCAACAGGAGGGAUAAUCACACCUCCUAAAAGUACAGAGAAGAAAUGAAAUAUGGACAAACAUCACAAACUGUUUCAGAAACAGAACUUGGUGCUUCAGAACAAGGCUGUGCUAAAGGAGACUCGUGCUCUUUACUGCUGUUGAAGACUUGAGCAGUAAAAGAUGCAGCAAACAGAACAGAUGGAAACUGAGACCAAUGUCCUCCUACAGACUUGAUAAAAGAUUUAGACCAAGCAUUCCUCCAUGCUAUCACAGGAGCCUGGAUUACUUUGGACCAUUCUCAGACACAACUUAGUUUACUUUAACCAUUCCUAACUUAUGAAUUUCAAGUACUUUUUAAACAUGGUUGUGUGGCAAAAUUUGUCCAUGCAACUUGUGUCAAACUUGCUUUACCUUGGAUUAGCAAUACAGGGGAAUUUAUGACAGCUUGUACAUAUUACCUCUUCUUGACUUGGCUGUUUCUUCUUUUUUUGGCAAGGUCAGAGCUUAAUGCCUGUUAAGUCACCAGGAGCUCAGAUGCAGUAUUACAGAGGUCAGUGGGUGCACAGUUUGCUUUUCUGAAACCACUCUGCCUUCAUGUUAGUGUCCUUAGCUCUGUAUCAAAUUCUAGCUCCACACAAGGCUGAUUAAUUUAGGGUGACCCUUUAGG